CUAUCGUGUGGUGGUUAACUAACUAAACCACCUGCUCGCAUUUGAUACUGGUAGCAGAUCGACGUCACAAACGGUCAAUGCCGACCCUUAAGUCCUCCAUAGGACACACUACCCUUCAAGAAAAAGAAAAGACGCCAGAACUAAGCCCCGGCCGUAUGCAUGUAGUGAGUGUAUUUGUAUCGCUUUCUCCCCGUAGCAAGAAACAGAAGGCAAACAAGAUCGAUCGAUCUCUCUACAUGUACAUUUGAUCAUCGUUCUUCGGUAUGGUGGGAAUCGGGGUUGCGAGGAGAGCCAUGCUGUUCCGCGUGCCGCGGCGGGCGCCGGCGAGCGGCGGGCAUAGGAAGAGGAUGGCGGUGGCGAGGCUCGGCGGAGUGAGGCGCCGGAGGUUCUUGGGCGCGCUGCGGCGGGUGCGUGUGCGGUGCUGGCUGGCGGCGCUGUGCCGGCGGACGCUGCGGCGGCUGCGCGCGAGCUACGCCAAGGCGCUCCGCGAGCUCGCCGAGGGCACGGCGCUCCUGGGCGCCCUGCGCCCGCCUGCGGGCGUCGAGUGCUCCCGCGCCGCGGCAUUCGGGCCCGUCGCCACCGUCGGGUUAUGAACUUCCGAUCGACCACCGUUGUAAAUAUCGAUACUGUACAUGCGCCUGUAUGUAAAGCCAUCAAGACACUUGCACACUUUCAGUUCAGCAUUGGGUUGUUGUGAUUACGUAUGGUUCUCGUCUACGUGAAUUUCCAUGGAUAUUCUCUCUAAAUGUAAAAAUGCUACUGUCUU